AUGGCCCGUGCGACAGAGGCGCUCUUGAGCUUGUGUCGAAAGCCUCGUCACGCCGUGGAGGCGCGCCUGGGCAGCGGCAGCGCCGAAAACGUCAAUGAAGCGGGCAGACCUGGCGACGUUCCCUUGCCUUUGACCGUGUCUCGACACUUCUCAGUGUUGGGGUCGCCAAACACGGCGUUGUCAAAGUCCAGCUGCGCGGGUAACAACACAUCAUCGGUAUCAUCUGUCGUCGCCCCACAACCGCCACCUAAUGCCGCCGCGACAUUGCUUAUGGAACAUGCUGCCUUUCUUAUAUCCAUUGGUGAAAUGGCAAGGCACGUGUCAAUGCAGCGCAAGUCCACGCUCCGUGACGAGGAUUAUCAUGGCACACGCCAAGGUGGUGACAUGGAAUGGUCCUUGCAGCAGGGAGAGGCCCCACUUUCUGUGAAUACGCUGGUACGGGAGGAGGGGCAGCGGGUGCGGCUGCGCUUCGUGCCAAAGACCACAUCGAGGCAGCAGAGUCACCAAUUAAAAGGAAACACGCACACAAAUACUGCCGAGAAUGGUGCGGAAAGUAUAACAAGGGGUAGUAAGAACGACAGAAAGAUCGUCAGCGGAGACUGUUGGACUGCGGCCGUUAAAUACAAGCAACCUGUCAGCCUAUGCACGGUGCUUUCUUGUUUUGCUCCACCUAAGAAGUCAUACUGGCAGCAUGAUCGCCUUGUGGAGCCUUACCCGGGUGAAUACUACGGUGUAGAUGGUCAGCGUCACCGUGGCAAUAAAAGUGACGACAACAGCGCUACGGUGAGAAGGGACGAUGGAGGCACCGGCAGCGACGUCGGGGAUGAUGGAAGCUGCGGCCUUGAUAUGAGUGACACAGGGGAUAGUCGUUCCGACUUUGAGUCUUGCGAUGGAUCCGAGUGCCUGCCGCAACGACGGGGUUACAUCGAAAAGGCAAUGCGGUCAUAUGGUAAGCUGCUCACCCAGGUCCGCGGCAAGAAUGACCCUGUCUUUUACAACGCUUUUUUCCUGGACACGGGCAACAUCAGCUGCGGUGAGCGCCGUAAAAAAAUGAUCGCACUGCAAUCCUACCGAGCCUCAGUGAUCUCGUUUGUGGGCGGGAAGGUGCAGAAAAAGGACAAAAACAAUGACUUCUACGUGCAGCAUCCAGAGCUGGAAAUACGUGGGAUUCAGCUCACACAUUUGCACGAAGCACGCAACGAUCUGAUUUGGUUUGUCCUUGAGAAAUCGUCUCCUGUAGAGUUAGUCACCGCCGCCCACGCCAAUUGGUAUUUUGAGAGGCUUGUCAUGCGGGGGAUGGUAGGCAAGCGUAACCGUGGACGUGCGCUUGCUGCAUGUCUGCUACUUGCCUUGAAGUUCCUGGAAACGGGUGACAUCCACAAGAAGAUUCAGUACCUCAAAACACUCGUCCGGUCGGACGAGGCAUUUACCGGACUGACGUGGGGGCAGGUGCAGGAGUGGGAGUUUCGCGCGUACGUCGGGCUGGAGUUUACGCUGAUGCCGGAAAAAGGCAACAACGUAGUCGAAGCCCACAUGGAGCGACUCCUCAGCAUAUACAAUCUCACGUCGCAGGAGUACUACAGCAAGAACUUUAAAUUAUCAUCAUGA